AUGCCGUUGAAGCUGACGGCAGAAGACGACAAGCUAUAUUCGUGGAUCGUCGAGCUGAUGCACGGCGAGGGUCGCGAGCAGGCUCUACUCGAGCUCGGAAAGAAACGAGAGCAGUACGAGGAUCUCGCCCUCAUCCUAUGGCACUCGUUUGGAGUCAUGAGCACUCUGCUGCAGGAGAUUAUGAACGUGUACUCCCUGCUGACGCCUCCCAAUCUGUCCACUGCCGCCAGCAACCGGGUAUGCAAUGCCCUGGCCCUUCUUCAAUGCGUCGCCUCACACGCCGACACCCGAACCCCCUUCCUUGUGGCCCACAUUCCGCUCUUUCUGUAUCCCUUUCUCAACACCACCGUCAAGUCGCGGUCGUUUGAGUACCUGCGGCUGACAUCGCUGGGCGUGAUUGGCGCGCUCGUCAAGAACGACUCGCCCGAGGUCAUUUCGUUCUUGCUGUCCACCGAAAUCAUUCCCCUGUGCCUUCGAAUCAUGGAGAGUGGCACCGAGCUGUCGAAAACAGUGGCGAUUUUCAUCGUCCAAAAAAUCCUCAUGGACGACAUGGGCCUCAACUACGUGUGCCAGACGUUCGAGCGGUUCACCGCGGUGUCGCAGGUGCUCGCCAACAUGGUCCAGCAGCUGAUUUCACAACCGGCCUCCCGACUGUUGAAACACGUGGUCAGAUGUUAUCUCAGACUGAGUGACAACGCCAGAGCCAGAGAGGCACUAAGACAGAGUCUGCCCGAGCCGCUGAGAGAUGCUACCUUCAGCCAGGCUCUGAGAGACGAUGCCGCAACCAAGAGAUGUCUCGCGCAGCUGUUGAUCAACUUGAGUGAUAGUUACGAGUGA